AUGCGUGCCAACUUGGACCCAAACUACGACGGAAAGACCAAGACUCGUAGGGACUUGAAAGCCAAUGGCACCUGCGCCUUAGACGCUUGCCUGGAGCUGGUGACACCAACGAGGCGACACUGGUUCAUUCAGGAUUGCAAGCUGGAGGACUGGAUCGAAGAGAGCGAAGCCACGGACAAGUACGCAGUCAGCCGGAACGCCGAAUGUGCGCCUCGCUACCGCGUCGACAUCGCGCCCAGCGCGAUCCUGCGCGAAUGGGUCAAAACCGCCCUGACGAACAUGUACCGCCCCAGCGUGCGGCGGGGCGAUCUAUGGGGGACCACGCUUGCUGCGUUGCCAUACGCGCUGGCCUUUGCGACAGACGACAACGGGGAGACACAAUGUUCCAACGACAUCUACAGGAACCCACUAAGCGGACAUUUUCUGCUCCUCCGAGGACGCGCAGGGCUCGGAGGCCAGCUGCUCGAUCCUGACCACUUUGGCGACCGGGUGAGCAGGCCGGACGCGUUGGAACCGAUCACGGACGCUGAAGUAGACGAACACCCAGGCUCGGUGUGGCAGCGUGCCAACAACGUGCCUGCUGAGGACACCAUCGAAGGGGUCAUUGCAGCGCAUGACCUCACCGAGGACCACACGCAGGCACUCCGCUCAUCCGUCAAACAUCUCGUCGCGGCGGUACAAGGCCCACCUGGCACAGGGAAAGCGCGCUUCGCCGCCGCACUAGCCAGUGCUCGAGCUGCGCUGUACGAUUUGCAGAGGACGAACGCAUUGGACAUCCUGACGCACAGGUUGCCCGCCACCAGUCACUAUCGACGCGCAUGGAACACGGAGCCCAACAGGUCCAGCAAGAGUAAGAGGUGGCGGAAGUUCAAAGACGACCUCAGCAGCACAUGCAGCAUUAUCAUCGCGAUCCACGAGGGCCCCUGGAGGCUCGACCAGCCCAAAGCACCCAAGGUGAUCCUCUGUGUCAUCGACGAGGCGGGCCAGGUCUACGAGGUCUCUGCUGCCAUCUCCAUCGACAUCAUGUCGACUGGCGCCAACAUCGCUCUCGCGGGCGAUCCCAAGCAGCUCCCGCCAACAGUGCAGUCCUGGUACGCAGAAUACUUAGGGCUACAAGUUCCCCUUUCCGAGAAAUUCAAUGCUCCCUGGGCGAGGACCGCCCUGCCGCAGUACUUCUCGCAAGGUUCUCCAGGUGCCGCCCCGGCCGAGCGACUGGAGUCAGACGCCAAAAAGCUAGGCAAAGGCGUGGACGAAUUCAGGGGCGAGAUCAGCGACCUACACACCGAGGGGAUGAUGCCUGGAGACGGCCAACGUGUGCUCAUGAUCGACAAUCCACAUGCGGACAUCACCUCCAAUGCCAAGAGCGGCUACGCCAACCUCCACGAGGUGGGCGACGGGAGCACCUCGCCCCCGGUGGCCAACCUGCCUGAAAGGCCAAAAGGCUGCCUACAGAAGCGCGCAUCCAAGGACUGUCGGGGCUCGCCAGCUGGCAUGGGCAAGGCGUUCACUCACGUCCUGCACAUCCCGACCACCUCUUUGCGAUUCCACAUUGCCUGCCUGCUGGUUGCCCAGCAGCUGAACUUGCAUGCCAUGCAGUUCUCCGUUAUGCUGGCCCUCGCGGUGUGCGCGUACCUGGCGCUCGCGGCGCCCGCCGCGACCGCCUUCCUCGGGGCCAAGGGGGGCGGCGCAAGCAGCCCCGCUCCUGACGCCACGGGGGCUCAGGGCGCCCGCCUGGCCGAGCUCGAGGAUGCCCUGCGGCCCACCUUCGCGGCGCUCCCGAAGGACGCCGCCGGAGGCCUGAGCCGCAGGGCCGUGCGCUACGCGCUCCACAGGCUGUUCGUGCAGCGUCACGGCUGGUACGUCAGGGGCCUCGAGCCGGGCACUGGCUCGGUGGGCACGCCCCUGCAUGGCCUCCUUGAGCGGCACGCCCCGAGCUCUGGCGGCGCCGGCCUGCCAGAGCUCGCCGCCGCCGCGGCGGCCCUUGAGGACCUGGUCGCGGGGGAGACGUCCGAGCGCGUGCGCAGGUCCUACGGCAUGUUCGGACACUCGACAGGGGCGAGCCUCGGCCGAGACGAGGUGCUCGAGGUCAUCGUGGCCUACUACGUCGGCUUCCUCGACGGCGGCGACCUGGAGGCCAGCGGGCCGCAGGACGCGCGCCGGGAGGUGCAGAGCUUCGCCGCGACCUACUCCGGCUGGGCAGACGCGGAGGCCUGGCUCCUCGACGUCAUCGAGCCUCGCCUCGCCGCCGGCGCGGGCAGCUACGACUUCGGCGCCGCCGUCCGCAUGGCGGUCGAGGUCGCGCAUCAGUACCACGUGUUCAACGACUUGGAGUGCCGCAGCCUCAAGGCCACGAUGAGCGCACUGGAGGGCCACAGGGCAGGGCGCGUGCGGCUCCCCGCCUUCUACAGGAAGGGCCUGCACAGCCACUGGCGCUUCGACGAGCGCCCCGAGUACCUGCGCGCCGUCGGGGCGCUCGACGAGUCGGAGCCGGAAGCCCCGUCGGUGAUUUUGCCGAACUACAUGUCGGCGCGCACGAAUUGCCUGGAGGCUUCGGGCAGCUACGCGCUCUGCUGCCGCAACGAGUGCGAGGACCUGCUCGGCCACCUGGAGGCGCACGUCGGUGCGCCUCAGGCCCCCGAGCUGGAGGUGGUGCGGCUCGUCGCCGCGCUGCCCUCGGGCACCGUCGAGGCCCCGCGCUUCCUGCCCUCGGCACUGCUGGGCCGCCUCUCGGACAUCGCGGCCGCCAGCGGAGGCCUCGUGCCUCUGCACGGCCGGCUCUUCGCCCAGUGGAUGCACCACGCGUUUCCUCGCGAGUGCCCGUACCCGCACGAGUCUGGGGCCGCUAGCCCCCAGACGCCGGACGAGUGGAUGCGGCAGACGGGCGAAGAGACCCACAAGCUCUCGCGGGAUGAGAUGGCAAGGCAAGUGGAAGAGGACGUGUGCGCUCUCGAGCUGGAGGCAGGCUCGGCUGCGGGCUGCGGUGGUGGCGAGGAGCUCCCGUGGAGCGACUCAGAGGAGCUGCUGGACGGCCCGCCAGGGGGCGGCCGGCAAGCACUGGUCUGGGUCGCCGCUCUCUACGCCGCGACCGGCUUCGCGGCCGCCGCGGUGAUACGCCGUGGGUCGGGCGCGCUCAGCGGAGGCGCGAGCAAGCUCUCCUGA